AUGGCCGCCGGAGCCACGCCCGCCCGGUUGUGGGCGGGGCCACGCAGGGGGCGGGGCCGGGCGAUCCCGGCAGCGAUGGGCGCGGAGGGGCCGGGGAGCGCCGUGCUGCUCCCGCUGCCGCCGCCGCUGUUGCUGCUGGCGGCGGCUGCCGCGCUGCUCGGCUGCCUCUGGGCGCGAUCCCCGCGCCGUUCCCCGCAGCCGCCUCUGCUUGCCGGCGGUCCGGGGCUUCGUUCCUUCCUGCGGCGGCACUGCCCGGCCGUGCGGGAGCCGUUCCGUCCCACCGCGUGGUGCUGCGGGGGGCGGCUGCAGACUGUGAGCAGAGCGCUGCUGCAAAGCCGACCUCACGUCGGGUACCGCAGUGAGGCCAUCCGCACGCCCGACGGCGGGCAGCUCAUCCUGGAUUGGGCCGAUGACUGCAGCGCCGCCGAAUGCCCCACGGUGCUGCUGCUGCCGGGGCUGACAGGGAACAGUCAGGCCGCCUACAUACUGCACCUGGUGCGAGAGGCAUGCGGUGCCGGGUACAGGGCCGUCGUGCUCAACAACCGUGGCUGCCGCGGUGAAGAGCUGCUGACCCCCAGGACCUUCUGUGCCAGCAACACCGAGGACCUGCAGACGGCCAUCAUGCACAUCCACCACCAGUACCCUCAUGCCCCGCUGCUGGCCGUCGGUGUAUCACUGGGAGGGAUGCAGGUGCUGAACUACCUGGCACAGGCGGGACACGCAGCAGGGCUGGUGGCCGCCAUGGCCAUUUCUGCAUGCUGGGACUCCAUGGAGACAACAGUGUCGCUGGAGCAGCCACUCAACACGUGGCUCUUCAACCGCCGCCUGGCUGCCGGGUUGCGGCACCUCAUCCGCAGGCACCGCGCGGUGAUCGGGGACACGGUGGACGUGGAGCACAUCCUGAAGGCACGCACCAUCCGGGAGUUUGAUGAGCGUUACACCGCUCUGGCCUUUGGCUACGGCUCCUGCACAGAGUAUUACCGUGCUGCCAGCCCUGCCAGCAGCCUGCACCGCAUCUGUGUGCCCACGCUGUGCCUCAAUGCUGCCGACGACCCCUUUUCCCCCCUGCACGCCAUCCCCGUGGCAGCCGCCUGGCACCUGCCCCACGUGGCACUGCUGGUAACAUCGUGCGGUGGCCACAUCGGAUUCCUGGAGGGGCUGCUGCCACGGCACGGAGGCCUCAUGGAGCGCCUCUUCCUGCAGUUUGUCACUGCUGUGUUCCAACACGGAGAGGAGCUGAGGGGGCUGCAGGAAGGGGGGGCUGCGGAGGGGUUCAGCACCUGAUGUCCCCCAUGAAUCCCUUCUAAAUCCCAAUAAACCCAUUUCUCUCCCUACUGA